GGCACAACAGUGGUGACGCCGCUGCUGAUUACCAUGCGUGAUUCACGUCGACCCCAGCCACGUUGGAGCAUCAUGAUGCUGGAUCUCCCGAAGAAUUAAACGACGACAAACAUUUCCAGUUCUCCGUCUCAUUUCGUGCAGUUAUGUCUCAGUGGCACUGCUUUAUUGCGCGAUGCCAGAGCUCUCAGCUUACCUGCUCCUCUCGGUUUUGUUGAUAUCCUUCGAGGAUGGGUACGUGAACAGGGCGGAGGGUGGUUUGGUCUCCCCUGGCCCUACCCCGCCGUUGGAGGACAAUGCCAGCGCCGCUGGUACAGAUGGAUCCGUCAGUAGACAGACGCUCCAGCCUCAAGAACAUCAAGUUCAUACGUCGCCCCUUGUCCCAGCACCUCCUCUAGCCCUGAGAGUUUGGGUGAAGGAUGCAUCCAGCCAGCGUUUCAUCGGAGGUGCGUCGGUGGAGGUGUUUGUGAACGGCACGCAGGCAGUCAGCGCCGUGACGCAGGACAAUGGCGAGGUGCUGCUCCGGGUGCCCUACGCCCUGGGUCAGACCCUCAGCAUUGUGGCUAGCAUGGAUGGCUACGUCCACAAGCAGCUACCCUGGAAGACCACCAAGAUGCCCAUAUUCUCCUCUGUGACUCUGGCUCUGCUUCCACAAACCCAAGGCAACAUCUGGCUUUUUGAUGACUCUGUGCUGAUCACCCAGAAAACAUCUGAGUACACAUCCCAGCCCAGUGUACAGUUCCCCAAAAGCCUGCUGGAGCUUCCGGACAACACCAAUAUCUCCAUGGUUACAGCCUAUCUGACGGUGCCACCCAUUGACAAGGAUUGCCACCUGUGCACAACCGGUCUCCUUAGCAACCGUUCAGGCUUCAGGAGCGUUAGGCUCAGUCCAGUGGCCGGUCUCAGCACCCAGCUUCUGGCCGAUGGGAAAGAGCUUCCUGUCAGUGGACCGGUCAAGAUCACCGUGCCUUUGCCCCACAGCGCUGCCGCCUACUGGCGGGCAUCUGACUCCAUACCCGCAUGGGCAUUUGACAGGAAGACAGGCACCUGGCUGAAUAAAGGUUUGGGGACGGUGAAGAGAGAUGGGGAUGCUCUCAUCUGGACGUACGUGGCAUCUCACCUCGGGGACUGGCUCGUUGCCCCCAUACCCGCCUUCCACGGUUACAUGGGCCAUGGGGCGCCCUCUCUGGACAUCUCAUAUCACACGUACCUCCUAAUGGGCAGCCUGGGAGGAACGCUGCUCAUAGCCAUUGGGUUUUUGUCCGUGAUCUUGUGUCACUGUAGACAUUCUGCACGGGGUAGAGUGAGGAGGCGGAGUUCCGCCCGUGUGAUCCUUCAGAAAGACCAGACCACAUCCACCAGCUGCGAUGGAGAAGACGACGAGUAUCCCCACGAUGACCGCACCUUCUCGCUGGCCACCAUGGCACAGCGGAAUGCCUCGACAACCCCCCGACAUCAAGCCAACUACAACAUCUAUGUGGAGGAUGUCGGCCGCUCGUUUAAACUGUACGAGAAUGUGGGCAGCGCGGGAGCGACCGAGGGCAACAAGUCGCCGAUGCCGUCGGUCUACGUUAACAGUGAGGAGGUGGCGAGGCUGAGGGAGAUGUCUGACCAGAACCGACCGGCCCAGGGCGCUGGCGAGAAUAUGAUGUUCAAGGACAAGCUGUUCCACAUUUACAACCAGCCUGUAGCCCUUGUCCCAGCACCAGAGCUCUUCGCUAGCCAUCCGCCGCCAACAUCCCAGGCUGAGCCUUCAGGCUGCCGAUCGGCCACAUUCCCCAGGAAUGGGAUGGAGCAUGGGCCGCAGUCAGAGCGCAAUUUGAAGGACAGCUUCACCCAGACACUCCCCAAAAAUGCUACGCAGGACAGUGACGAACAGCCAGUCUCGGAGGGCGCAAUCCAGGGUGCAGCCAUCAACCCUGGAGUCUGGGGCCGCUAUAGCCACCUCCUGGAGUCUGUCUCCGUGCCGGGAACUCUGAACGAAGCAGUGGGGAUGGGCCCCUUCCGAGCCGAGCUCCAGGGUAUCUCAGAACAGACCCUGGUGGAGCUCUCCAAAGCCAAGCCGUCACCACACCCGCCCAGAGCCUGGUUUGUCUCUCUAGAUGGCAAGCCUGCCGCCUCAGUGCGUCAUUCAGUCAUCGAGAUCCAGGGCCGACACAGGCCCGGCAGCAGCAACGACACCAGCUUGGACUCGGGGGUGGACAUGAAUGAGCACCAGCAACCUCUCCUGAAAAUGGAGCGCGAGGGGCCCUCUUUCCCAGCUAUGCCCAGAGCAGGUGGGCCUGCGAGCCAAGAGGAGCCCGACCUGAGCAGCAGCGAAAUCGGAAGUCCCGAGGAUGGAGCCCUGAGGCACACCUUGGAAAGUAGCAACGCAGCCAUGCCGUUCAGCAGCAUCUCAGAGGAGAGGGACGUGGGCGACACGUCAAGCGAGUCCAGGGGCACCCCGCCACCCCGACGGCCUAGAAAGGUCCGAGACAAGGGUAGACCAGACAAAAAGAGUGGUCGUCAUGUACGUGAGGAAAGGCCACAAAUGAAACGCUAGCCUGAGCUAAAAUUCUGCCAAGCUCCAAAAGAAACCAGGCUUUUGCCAUCUGUGUAAAAGCAUCUGUUUGUCAUCAGUCUGCCAUAUUAUGUCACAUGGCAUUAGGAAAUAUAUCUCAAACAAUAUGACCAAAUUUACUAUUUCUACAUGCUUUUUGGGAAGCAUGUUUAUUAAAUGUGAAAUGAUUAAAAGGUUGAGGAAAAAAAAUGCUUUUAUUCAUGACAUUGGUUUGAUGUUUCUGACAGAUGUGGUUCCAUUACUUUCUUCUCUUAAUGCUGUUGUUAUAAGAAAGCACACCCUAACCAUAGCUGCUUUUUUCUACAGUUUAAAGCUAGCCGUGCAGAUGAACCAGUUGCAACAUGGUACAUUUGCACAAAGUAAAUCCAGACACAGAACAUAUUUAUAUCCAAAAGCACAUCAAAGGCAGGAACACAUGAAAGUCAACUUUGCAUGAAUCACAAAGCAUUGAUUUACCACAGCAAAGUAAGGGAAUGGGGUGAAAUCUUUUUACAAUGGCACUUAACAAGUUGUUUUUACUAAGCUGAUUGCUGUCCUGUAAGAUUUAUUUUGUCAUUGGCGACUGUUUUGAUGGUUAUUGCAUCGUUCUAAACAGAUUUCCAAAUGUGCUCAGCUAGACUUGUUCUAGAACCAGCUGUGAUGUUUUGCCUUUUGGUCUGUCAGAGAUUUUAAAGACAUUUUUGUAAAAGUCUCUUUGUGCGAUAAUAACAACAUUUAAGCUACUGGUAGGAUAGUUGCAGGAAUAGUUUGUGCCAAAUUUAGAUUACCACUACU